AUGGAUCCCCAGUGGCAGCAGUCCUAUGCUGAUUCCCCGGGUGCAUCCCAGCGACACAAUGGCAUGCCGCACCAGCAGCAACAACAACAAAUGCCCCGCGACUACGCGCCCCAGCAUCCGCAGCAGUCGGCUCCACCACCUGCUGGGUACAAAUAUGACCAUUAUGGAACCCCCUCGGUCGGCGCCUCGACACCUGGUAGCAAUCCGGCAACGUCUCCAAUGGCGGGAGCUCCGCAGAUUCGCGACGGCAACGGUGAUAUCGCAAUGCACGACGCCGGGAUGAAGUACCCCAUGAGGCCUCAUCACCAGUCGCACCCCUCCUCCUCGUCGGCCGCUCAGCGAUACUCGCCCAUGGAUACCCUGACAUCCUCCUCUCCCUACGCGCCAAAACCGCCGCAGUAUAGCCAGCCUCCGCCUCAGCAACGGCAGUCUCCUUCGAAGCAAGGGGAGUACACUCAGAGCCCGUACUAUGGUGGACGCCAGAGCCAGCAGCUACCUCCCCUCUCACCAUAUACGUCGACACACGAUGGCUACCCUUCUUCGGCAGUAGCUGCCUUGGAUGCGUCCUAUGCCGCCGACCCCAAGUCGCCCCGUCGCCAAGCGCCACCGCCGAUGCCUCCUUCGCGAGGACCGGUGCCCGAGUUCAGGAAGAUCCGAGGCGCUAACGAUUUGCGGCCAAAGAACAGCCAGCAGCCCCCGUUUCGCAGGGCGAACCCAGAAGGAGGUUUCAUCAGCCCUCUGCAAGCCUUGACCAGCCAUCUACCAGCCACCUAUCGCAUCUGCAAUCCUGAAUUCAAGUACGAAACAUCGCGGAACCCUCGACGAGUCUUGACAAAACCAAGCAAGGGGACGAAGAAUGAUGGCUACGACAACGAAGACAGCGACUAUAUCCUAUAUGUGAAUGAUAUCCUCGGUUCCGAGGAGGCGGGACACAAGUACGUUGGUACUAAAAUUACGAGAAGUGGUACUAACGUGGGCACUAGGAACCGAUAUCUUAUCCUCGAUGUGCUAGGUCAAGGCACGUUCGGCCAAGUCGUCAAGUGUCAAAACCUCAAGACGCAGGAAGUCGUGGCUGUCAAGGUCAUCAAGAACCGCACGGCGUACUUCAACCAGAGUAUGAUGGAGGUGUCGGUGCUCGAUUUGCUAAACUCCAAGCUUGACAAGAACGACGACCACCACUUGUUGAGACUGAAGGAUACCUUCAUCCACCGCCAACAUCUCUGCUUGGUCUUCGAGCUACUGAGCGUCAACUUGUACGAGCUCAUCAAGCAGAACCAGUUCCGUGGCUUGAGCACCACGCUUGUUCGGGUAUUUGCGCAACAAUUGCUCAACGGACUGGCGCUGCUGAACAAGGCUCGACUCAUCCACUGCGAUCUGAAGCCAGAGAAUAUCUUGCUCAAAAACCUCGAGAGCCCGAUUAUCAAAAUCAUCGAUUUCGGUUCAGCCUGCGACGAGCGCCAGACGGUGUACACAUACAUUCAAUCGCGCUUCUACCGAUCCCCCGAAGUGCUCCUCGGCCUACCUUACUCAUCUGCCAUUGACAUGUGGUCUCUCGGCUGCAUCGUGGUGGAGCUGUUCCUAGGAUUGCCAUUGUUCCCCGGCUCGUCUGAGUACAAUCAGGUCUCCCGGAUCGUCGAGAUGAUGGGCAACCCGCCCAACUGGAUGCUUGAAAUGGGCAAGCAGUCUGGCGAAUUCUUCGAAAAGAGGCAGGAUGAGUUUGGUCGGAGAAACUACCAACUCAAGAGUAUGGAGCAGUACGCGAGAGAACACUCCACGAAAGAACAGCCUAGCAAGCGUUACUUCACGGCCAAUACUCUGCCCGAAAUCAUCAAGACGUACCCCAUGCCCCGGAAGAACAUGAAACAGAGCGAGAUCGACAGAGAGAUGAACAACCGCAUCGCCUUUAUCGACUUUGUCAGGGGCUUGCUUACGAUCAACCCGCUUGAGCGGUGGUCGCCCCAACAAGCCAAGAUGCAUCCUUUCAUCACACAGCAAAAGUUCCAAGGCCCGUUCGUGCCACCCAUGAACUUGAAAUCGAGCUCGCUCAACCGCUCGCCUGCUCCGGGUACCCAGCAACAGCAGCAGGCUGAGGCUCUGAGUAAGCAAAGGGCCCAGGCAGCGCAGGCCCAGGCAUCGACGGCGCAAGGGGCAUACGGCCCCGUGGCUGGAGGUCAAUACCCUCCGUCUGCCCACCCGCAGGCGCCAGUGUAUGCCAACAACAAUGUGUACUCACCCGGCGGUGGCAACAUGCCUCCUGCCUAUAGCGGUCAACAGAACCAGUACGGUCAGAUGGUCAUGCCGCAGCAGCAGCCGCAACAACCGCAGCAAAUGCAAGGCGGUCAAUACGGCAACAUGCCUCAACCAAACGUGUACCAACAGCAGGGCAUGCGGUCCAACAGACAGCGUGCCUCGACUAUGGAGCAACAACAGAGCGGUAUCCCGGCCGCUAUCCAGCGUGUUGCUAGCCACUUGGAUCCCAGCCACCCGAUUCGCCUGCAACCGAGUCCGGCGUACUAUCCACCGUCCGCGGACGGAUCGCAAGCAGUGGACUCUUCAAGGGGUGCCCAGCGAAGGACGAGCAGGACUCAGCAGGGCAGCCGGAGCAACCGCGACUUCAUACGAAACCUGGAGGAGCGAACACUUGAGGAAGGUUUCAUGGGAGGUAACCAGAAUCCAUGGCAUUGA